AUGACUGCAUCGACCGUCUCAUUCCCCGCGGCGCCGGCAAACGCCACCACGCUGUCCACCAUCUAUAUUUGGCUUGACAAGCGUCCGCAACAUCUGGGUGUCCGCAACACACGCCGAUCGGAUGCGCCACGCCGCAACCCCCCUUGGAGCGCUUGCAACAUCGACGACGCACACAAGGUCUUGCUCCAGCGGCUCUGCGGAGCCUCCUUCGGCCCCCGCCCAAUUGUCGGACCGACCGAUCCCGACGACCUCUACAUCGAUCUGUUGUCCUCCUCCCCGAUCCCCGAUAGUGCAGCUGGCCUUUCCUCUCAACAGCGCUCCACGACUCAAUCGAUCGCUAGCAGCACUUCUUGUCGCGGUAGAGUAGCUCUGCCAGAGGCGCAGAGAGGCAGGGCCAAAGGUCUGUGCGACCAAGGCGUGCAGGUGCGGGGGAACGGCUGCUGGGCGGAGAUCCAAGGCUCGUACGUCGAUUUGCAGAGCGGAGGCGCAAAGGGCUCAGGCAUCUGA